CAGGGUGGACCAAGUUAGAGACCUUGGCAUACUAUUUGACUCAAAACUGACUUUUCAUGCUCAUUUCGAUCUUGUCAUGUCUACUUCUAAUAAGGCAUUAGGUUUUUUAUGUAGAAUAUGCAAGGACUUUCAGGACGAAGCGGCGGUGAAAUCUCUGUAUUAUUCCUUUGUAUUCAGUAAACUUAGUUAUGGUAGUGUAGUGUGGUCUCCAUAUUAUAAUGUGCACAAGCUACGGUUUGAAAGACUGCAAAAUAAAUUGAUCGUGAUGAAUUGCUACGACUCGCCGGAGUUAUUAUCACUCGUGCAUUUUCAUGUACCGCAGAGGCAAACGAGAAAUAGACAGCUUUUUCAUAACAGAAGUUUCAGGACAAACGUGGGUAGGAAUUCCCCUGUGACCAGGAUGUGUGACCACUUUAAUAAAUAUGUCAUUGAUUUAAAUAUUUUCAUUAUGUCCUUGCUCUCCUUCAAGAAGAAAUGUAAGGAAAUUUUCUGUUUAUAAGACAGUGCAUACUAGUUAUUUAGGUUUUUCUUUUUUGUGGAAUGUACAUUGUUGGUUUCCCGGAUAACCGUGGGUACUUUUGUAGACACUUAUAAGUUUUUUGUAUUCUAUCUAUUUGUGGAUGCUAUUUUGGGUGUAACCUGUUUGUAUCCCUUUUUCUC